CUUCAGAUCACACGGGAUGAUCCGUUCCUGGUCCGGGGACUUGAAGCGGACCUGGAAGCGCUCCGGACCGGACGCGGUCUGACCCGGGACCGGGACCGGGACCCGGACCCCCUCACCCCCCCACCCCGCCCUCCCGCCGCCCCCCCCACUGCCCCGUCGGAGUCCGAGCCGGGGCGGUUUCGGGUGCGAAGCGGCGGUAAACAGGGCAGGGCGGAGCGGGACGGAUCCGCCGUUAACGUUCACGUUCACGUUGAACGCGAGCGUCCUCCGUGACGUCGCUCCGUCCGCCGCCGCCGCCGCCGCCUCGCGCUGCCGUGUGGGACGCAUCGACCGAGCCGACCGACCGGCUGAGGCAGCAGCGGAGCGGGACUACCGGAGCCGCGCGGUCCCGCGAUGGAGAGGAAGAGGACGGACUGUCCCGCGCUGCCGCCCGGCUGGAAGAAGGAGGAGGUGAUCCGGAAGUCCGGCCUGAGCGCCGGCAAGAGCGACGUCUACUACUACAGUCCCAAAGGGAAGAAGUUCAGGAGUAAGCCUCAGCUGGCCCGUUAUCUGGGAAACACGGUGGAUUUAGCAUGUUUCGACUUCCGCACGGGGAAGAUGAUGCCGGGGAAACUGCAGAAGAGCAAGCAGAGGUCCCGGCACGACGCCCUCAGCCUGGCCAAGGGAGGGAAGCCAGACCUGAACACGGCUCUGCCCAUCCGGCAGACGGCGUCCAUCUUCAAACAGCCCGUUACCAAAGUCACCAGUCACCCCGGAAACAAGGUGAAGACGGACCUGCAGAGAGCGAGCGAGCAGCCCCGACAGCUCUUCUGGGAGAAGAGGUUGAAAGGUCUGCGGUCGUCAGACGUCACGGAGGAAGUCCUGCGCAGCAUGGAGCUUCCUAAAGGACUCCAGAACAUCGGGCCGGACUCCGGCGACGACACGCUGCUGUCGGCCAUCGCCAGCGCUCUGCACAUGAGCUCGGGUCCCAUCACGGGCCAGACGUCCGUGGCGGCGGAGAAGAACCCGGCCAUCUGGCUCAACACGGCGCAGCCGCUCUGCAAGGCCUUCACCGUCACCGACGAGCAGAUCCGGGAACAGGAAAUGAAGGUGUACCAGGCCAGGAGGAGUCUGGAGGAGGCGCUGAUGGCCGACGGUUUGGCGCGGGCCGCUGAAAACACCCGAGAGCUGCUAGAAGGGAAAACAGCCUGAAGACGGAGGGGCCUCCUCUGCUCUCCAGCCUCAGGGUCACCGUCACCUUCACCUUCCUCUCCAUCCAGAGCCGGACCGGCCCGGGACCGAAGCUGCUGCCGCCGUCACUUUGAAAGAAACCCGUUUGUCUAUUUACAGCUGUGGACCGGCGCGGCGCCAGCCGUUAUUUAACACCAGCAUCACCCGAGAGAAGAAGCCACCAGACUCACACCAGCAAUAACUCUGCAGCGAUCCUUUAACCGGCAUUUAUCUGCUCUCAGACCGCACUUAGCUUUUACUCUUCAGACACGUCUUUUUUUAAAAAACACGGAAGCGAAACGGAGACUUUGUGAAGGAGCCACUCCGCGAACCAAAGUCAGGAUGCAAACUGCUGGACGGCUUUUGCUCUACUAACCUCCGACGUGCUCUUUCAUAGCUCUGUUUGGUCUCCCGACUCACUUUUAAAGAAGUCUUCAGGGGUUUUAAUGAAUUAAUGAGAUCUAGAACAAAUGCUUAUUUAAGACAGAUUUUAUACCUUCAGAGAAUAUACGUGUACAUUUAUUGGACUGGAAUAAAUAAGUGAUCAUAGUCAGUC